AUGGCGAUGGUAGUUUCUGGGCGGGCGAAAGCCGUCAUUGUGGCGUUCGUGUGCUUCUUCCUGCUCGGCAUCGUCCUCGUGACCGGCUCGACCAAGGGCUGGUUCGUGCCGAUGCGCUACAGCGAACGGGUGGCCGCCCGGGUUCAGCUGCGGAUGGCCGCACUUAACGAACCGUACACGGGAGACAUGCAGGGAAUCCGCGGCGCUGACUUCGCGUGCUAUCGCCAGGCCCGCCGUGCCGGUCUCCUGGGAACGUUUAGGGCUUUCCUAUCGUCGAGAAUUCAAAACCUGGACUCGAUCGUACGGUUAGCGGACCGCGAGCUGCCGGUCGUGAACACGCGGGGCGACGUCCUGUUCAACUCCUGGAGCAGCAUCUUCGGCGGUCAGGGUGGUUUCUUCUCGCAAGCACCACGGAUAUACAGCUUCAGUGGGAAGAAUGUGCUCACCGACAUGGCCUGGCCCCAGAAGCUGGUGUGGCACGGUUCCAGUGCGCUCGGUGAGCGUGCCAUCGACACGUACUGCGACGCCUGGCAUUCGCCGUCGCCGGACAAGGUCGGGCUGGCCAGUAGUUUACUCGGCAAUAAACUACUCGACCAGGAACGGUACUCCUGUGAUAAUCGGUUCGUGGUACUCUGCGUCGAGGCGGUACCGCAGGACCGGAGGCGAAAGCGAAGGGACACCCGAAGUAGCCAACAACAGUUUGCCAACGAGGAGCAGUACGCCCGGUAUCUGCACAGUAUCGACGCAUUGUAAAGCACCAGGGUACGGUGAAGAAGGGCUAGGAAUUAGACGUUUUCGAAAUACUCAACCAUGCAGUCACCAUUGGUUACCGCGCCAAACGGAAUGCCAGCAAAAAUGAUAUACACUCACAGUGCACUAGAUCAUCAUCUUCAUCACCGUCGUCUUGAAGGGUGUACUAGAUUUUAAUGCCAUUUGCGCGAACGCCAUUUCGGGUGUUUGUGUGUGUGUAUAUGUGUGUGCACUCGGACAUGUGUUCACUCGGUAUUUACAAUGCAAACAAUACAUAAGGAAAUAAAAAAAUAAAAGAAAGUCCCUAAAAAAGAUAAGGAAAAAGCAAAAGAACAGAAAGGAAAAUAAACCGCUAAAGGAUUGUAAUGCUGAAGAAAGUAAAAAUGUAUGUAGGUCGACUUAAAGGAGUUUGGACGAAGCGCGUCUUUGACACUGCAACUGAUUUAAGAAAUAAUGAUAAUAAGUAAUUUUACAAACAAACACAUAGGAUCCGACAGUUUGAUUUAUGUUAUUUGAAUAUUGUGUUUACUUUCCUAAUCUUCAUUGCCAUCGGUAACACUUGUAUAAUAGAACAUGGUUUUGUGUGGUGGAGCAGUGUGAACAUGCAGAAAAAAAGAGUAAAACAUAAACACAAAAACACAAAAAGGUAGUUUUAAAACAUAUAAGUCAAGUACAACCAGGAGGACAGCAGAGCAGAUGAUUAUAGCAUGUAAGUGAGCAGCUAAAACGGGCUAGCAAAACACAAAGAAAAGGGGUAAUGAGAUUCAAUUAAUGCUUGCUACACAGUUGCCCAACCGUGUCAGCCUAAGCAAACGGCAAUUUAAACGAGUACAUAUCCCGUACUACCAAAAUCUCGUCAUGUUGAUAGUCAAAUUAUUGCAGCGAUAUUUGUUUCGUAGUCUUCACUAUUUACCACGCACACCGAACGAGGAGAAGAAACAAAUUUGGUGGCUGUCAGUUGUAAUCCAGCGCUUCAAACCGAAGUGGCGAAACGUAGUCAAUUUUAAGAAAACAAAACCCAUUCGUUUCUUCCGCCAUAGUUUAUUUAUUAGCUACUCUACUCUUCCACCGUUUGCAACAUGUGUAACAGCCAAAACGAAAAACCGAAGAAAACUGCAAUAGAAAGUUUAUGAAAAGUCAUGCAAAGUUGCGAACGCAACGAACAAUAAUAAAGUAAAACUGAACGGAGCAACUAGUUAAACGUGAAAUGAAAUGAAAAAAAAGCAAACCCGUGUUGUGAAUAGUUUAUGGCGCAAAUCAUGUAGAAAAGGUACAUGUAAAAUCUUUCGACAACAGCCCACUCCUGAUGAGUGUCGAGCGGAAAACAAAUAACUAAGAGUGUUUUAGAUAUGAAUCAAACGUUUCAUUGGCUAGCGUACACUUUGGUAACACAAAGUGGAGAAAAAUAAACGUCUUACCUUCAUUCAACAAUUUUUACACUCCCACCAACUAAACUGAUACCAACCAUAUCCUUCCUUCCUGGUAGAAUGCCCCUGGUAGAAUCUUGACAGUUUUCCAUGUUCAUUUGUUGUUUUCAAUCCGGUCAUUGUCUCGUUGAGCGUCCGUUUUGCAGAAUUAAGCGUAAAUAAAUGCAUUCAAUGCGAGAAUUAAAAUACAACAAUCUGUGUAAUGUACAUGCCGCGACGAAUGGUGUUCUAGGUGGUAAGAAAUGACCUAGCUACGUAAGACAAGGCCGAUGCGUGGGGCGUUUCGAGGAUAAGAAACCAUUCAAAAAUCCUUAGAUGGUAAGCUAUUUAACUUUUAAACGAUAAACAAAUUACAACAGAGAUCGAUUUUGUGCAAAUUAUCUAGCUAAUGAGUUUAGUUAUUGUUUUUCGUUUUUGUCUAUAUCGAGGUUAGCGUGUAAGACCUUUGAGCCACAAAAUGGAACGACAAACAGAUAUUCAAGUGUAAGAAGCUGUUACAGUGCGCAAGAACGGAGAACUGACAAUUGACUUGCUGUAAUAAAAAUAAAAUCCAA